AGCCAGGCACACUCCAACAGAACUAAAAUCUUCACAUAGAGAAGACUAGAAGACGAUUGGCCCGUUGGUGGAUCCAGACUGUGCAGUGACAGCACAAUGGCUUUGAAAUCUAAACCAGGAAUAAUGAAUAUCACACCGGGAUCAAAGAUAAGUAUCAUUCGAAGUAAGAGAGUCAUACUGGCCGAUACUAUAUCUUCCUGUGAUAUCAUCAUUAGUGAUGGCAAGAUUAGCAAUGUCCUGCCGUGGGGAAAACAUGUGACCAGUGGUGCCAAGUUGCUGGAUGUCGGGGACCUUGUGGUCAUGGCUGGCAUUAUUGACCCUCAUGUACAUGUCAACGAGCCUGGACGCACAGACUGGGAGGGUUACCGGACUGCCACACUGGCUGCUGCUGCUGGAGGGAUCACUGCUAUUGUAGAUAUGCCACUAAACAGCCUGCCUCCCACCACAUCUGUAACCAAUUUCCGCACCAAGCUCCAGGCUGCUAAGGGACAGUGCUAUGUGGAUGUAGCAUUUUGGGGUGGUGUCAUUCCCGAUAAUCAGGUGGAGCUGAUACCUAUGCUACAAGCAGGUGUUGCUGGGUUCAAGUGUUUCCUUAUCAACAGUGGAGUACCAGAGUUUCCCCAUGUCAGUGUGAUAGAUCUACACACAGCCAUGUCUGAAUUACAAGGAACCAACAGUGUUCUACUGUUUCAUGCUGAACUGGAAAUGGCAAAAAAUGCCCCAAAGAUUGGAGAUCCCACACUUUAUGAAACAUUUUUGGACUCCCGCCCAGAUGACAUGGAGGUUGCUGCAGUGGAACUGGUGGCUGAUCUUUGUCAACAGUACAAAGUACGAUGUCACAUUGUACACCUGUCAUCGGCACAAUCUCUGACCAUAAUCAGAAAAGCAAAGGAGGCCGGAGCCCCCCUGACUGUAGAGACCACUCACCAUUACCUAUCCCUGAGCUCUGAGCACAUUCCCCCUGGUGCCACCUACUACAAGUGCUGCCCACCUGUGAGAGGCCAUCGCAACAAGGAGGCUCUGUGGAAUGCACUCCUGCAGGGCCAUAUAGACAUGGUGGUUUCUGAUCAUUCGCCAUGCACACCAGAUCUCAAGCUUCUGAAAGAGGGAGAUUACAUGGAGGCCUGGGGAGGAAUUUCUUCCCUACAGUUUGGACUGCCUCUUUUCUGGACCUCUGCAAGAACCCGCGGCUUUUCUUUGACUGAUGUUUCCCAAUUGUUGAGCAGCAACCCGGCCAAACUGUGCGGCCUUGGCAAUCGUAAAGGAGCCAUUAAAGUGGGUUAUGAUGCUGAUUUGGUCAUCUGGGACCCUGACAGAGAGUUUCAGGUACAAGAAAAUGAUAUUCAUCACAAGAAUAAGAUUGCUGGAAGGAAAGUGAAAGUGGUACCUCAUGUUGAGUCCCUGAAAUAUCGCUCACAUGGACACCUGCAGCAGCAGCCAUGACAGGACACGGGAAAUCUAUCAGCGUGGAACAUAGAGCUUGGAGACUCAGAAAAACGGAAAAGAUAAUAUUGCCUGUGCACAUACAAAGACAGCACCAAACAAAAGCAUGACACUGAGCAGAAAAGGCAUGCACACACAGGAAUACUACUGCAAAUAAAUGAAUGUAAUCAAGCGUGUGCGACUUCUAUUUCAUAUUUACAUAUUUAUUAAAAUCAUUUUUACACAUA